UUCGACCUGGUGAUUGGGUUUUCCUGAAAGUGUCACCUAUGAAAGGUGUUAUGAGAUUUGGCAAGAAAGGGAAGCUCAGUCCGAGAUAUAUUGGGCCUUAUCAGAUCAUUCGUAAAAUAGGCAAGGUUGCCUAUGAAUUAGAUCUGCCAGCUGAUUUGGGAGCGGUUCACCCGGUAUUCCAUGUUUCUAUGCUUCGUAAAUGUAUUGGUGACCCCUCCAGAGUCUUUCCUGUAGAUGAUAUCCAGGUUACAGAGGAGCUAUCUUAUGAGGAGCAGCCUACAGCUAUAUUGGAUCGUCAGGUAAGAAGGUUGCGGAAUAAAGAUGUGGCUUCUGUUAAAGUGCUUUGGCGAAACAACAACCGAGAGGAAAUGACCUGGGAAGCUGAGGAGCAGAUGAAGAAGAAGUAUCCUCACCUAUUUCCAGUACCUACAGGUACAGACGCACAGUUUGGUGAUCCACCUGUUUAGGACACCCUCUUCUGCUGUUGGAGUGCUCCCCUUAUUCCGGAGC